CAAGAGCAAUGCCAAAGACAAGACGCAACUUCAUCUCCAAACAUAGGGAGGGACCUCAAUAUCGAACAAACUUUGUUUCAGCCUCUCAUUUCUUACUCUAUUUAUCGGUCAGUCGAUUUCUUGUACACAUAGAUGUAGUUGUAUCAUCAUACCAACCAUCGCUCUAAACAAAAUAGCUUCGUCUUGUCUUAUUGUAGUAGUUUUACUUGAUCAUCACUACAGAUCUCUAAAUACAAUAGCUUCCUGCUGUGUAGUUGCACUAGUUUUAGUACAUCAUUAUUCAUACUUCCCAGGCAAAGCAUAUUUAUAGAGAAGAAAUCCGAGAUGGCAGACUGGGGCCAAGUACUGGUGGCAGUGGUGCUAUUCGUGCUCUUAUCGCCAGGGCUGCUGUUUCAGUUACCCGGAAGCCAUGACUGUGUAGAAUUCUGUAAUUUCCGCACCAGCGGUGUCGCCAUUAUGGUUCAUGCCUUGAUCUACUUUGCUCUCGCUUGCCUCUUCAUGAUAGCUAUCAAACUUCAUAUUUAUCUAGAUUAAUUAUAAUUUGUGUUGUUUCUACCUAUAAAUCCCAUUAUUAUUGCUACGACAUGAUAAUACCAGGUUACCAAGAUCUGGGUCCAACCUUCAGAAUUCUUCUCCUGGUUCUUCUGUUGUU